CCGCCGCCGUCUCCACUCCACCCGCGGUUACUGAAACCCAUCUAGCUCCACACGUUUUGGUUGUCUACAUCCGCUCCCCUGUAGCAAAUAAGGGACGAGCACCAGUGUUUUGGCGACCUUAGAUAGAUUUCGAGGUUACCUGUUUUUCUUACAGGGGUCGCCCCACGAUUCCAUUAAUCAUGAAAUCAAAACGAGCAAGGUUCACCAGAUUAUCAUCCAUCGCUUCGAACAAUGUGCGUGGCCAGGAUGAUAGGCUCACAGCGCUGAGUGAUGACAUUUUAUUGUCUAUCUUGCGAAGAGUCGACAUUGCGACGGCAGCAAGGACAAGUGCACUCUCAAAGCGGUGGAGGUACUUGCCUUGGUUACUCCCCAAGAUCAACCUCGAUGUCAGGGAUUUUUUGCCUUCCCCAUUGCCUGAUCCCAUUAAGCCACAGCUAAUAGGUCGAGCAAUGACAUCUCUAACCAGAGCCACUAGGAGUUUGCUGGGUGACUGCCGCAGCGAAUGCACCAUCAAAAGAAUAUCCCUUAAGAUCUUAAUGACCAGCAAUCUACCGUGUGACCUUGGGCUGUUAGUUAGCGAUGCCAUUGACAGAGAGAUGGUAAAAGAGCUGGACCUUGACAUUGAUCAUAAGGAGCCUAUAGCAUGCAGAUAUGAGGAUCUUUUCCUCCAGGCUCAGAGGGUCGAAAGCACUUAA